AUGAGAGCGAUAAAUGACCCACGGUUUUUUGAUUUUCUAUUACGAGUUGGUGAUGGAAAGGAGGAAACAUUGGACGAGUCCUAUAUUCGUAUACCAGAUAACAUGUCCAUUCCAUACACUGAUAAAACUAAAUCAGUGGACGCUCUGAUUGAUGCAAUAUUUCCUUCUUUGCAAUUCAACGGCGCCGAUUCAAAAUUUAUCAUUUCAAGGGCGAUAUUGUCAACUAAAAAUGAAAGUGUUGAUGAGAUUAAUAAUAAGUUGAUCGAACGAUUUUCUGGCGAGCAAAAAGUUUACUAUAGUUUUGAUGAAGCAGAAGAUGACAAAAAUAACUUAUAUCCGAUGGAAUAUUUGAACUCGCUAAAUGUUAGUGGUGUACCCCCUCAUUAUCUUCGGUUAAAAACUGGGUGCCCUGUAAUACUUUUGCGAAAUAUCGAUCCUUCAAAUGGGUUAUGUAAUGGCACCAGAUUGAUAUGUCGAACUUUCCAACGAAAUGUCAUUGAUGCAGAGAUAGUUGUUGGCCAACAUGCUGGAAAAAGAGUGUUUUUACCAAGAAUUCCUCUCAAGGACAACCAAUUCCAAAUGUAG